AACGUUCACGCGACAGCCACGCCCCUCAGUCGCUUUCCCAACAAUCCACCAGCAUCCCUGUUAUUCCAUUCCACCGUCCACUCAUCUGAUGGAGUCUGCUGGUCGUCGUCGCUGGUGGUCUGCUGCGUUCGGUUUGGUGCUGUUGCUUUUCCAGGUCGUAGCAAAACACAGCCAAACACUCGCUGGUACCCUUCACCGCUGCUACUCAGACCGACGCGCGUCGCUGUGAGUGUACAUUCGUGUCAUCUGCAGAAGUCAACUUGCUAACAUUUGCACCAGACCAGAACCAGAGCCUACUACUGAACCAGACAUGCCUCCUGCGCAGUCCGUGGAUUACACCCAGGCACCGCCAAAGCUCGUACUGGACGAGUUCAUCACCAAAGCACUCACCUCGACGCCCCAGGAGCUCCACCCCUUCUUCGAGACAUUCCGCAACCAGUAUACUAGAAAGCUAUGGCAUCAGCUUACGCUGAAGCUGUCCGAGUUCUUUGAUCAUCCUCGUUCCCAGCCAUUCCGUGUGGAUGUCUUCCACUACUUCGUGCGGGACUUUGAGUCCAAAUUGAAUCAGCAACGUUUGGUGGAGAUGGCGACGAAGGUCUCCAAAGAAAUCGACAACCCGCAGGCACAGCUUUCAUUCCUCACGUCCCUCCUUUCCCGGAUCGAUACCGAAAAAUCGAAAGAAGCACAUGUCCUUCUCCUCGCCAAUAUCGCCCAUGCUAAGUUGCUCUAUGGCGAUCUGGUGGGAACCAAGACAGACAUGGACGCGGCUUGGAAGAUACUAGACCAGCUCGACGGUGUGGAUAACGCCGUCAAUGCGGCGUAUUACCUUGUCGCGGCAGACUAUUACAAGGCCAAGGCAGAGUAUGCACCGUAUUACAAACACUCCUUGCUCUAUCUGGCAUGCGUGGACGUCACAUCAGACCUCACUCGAGAUGAACGUCUGCUGCGUGCCCAUGAUCUUAGCAUAUCAGCUUUCCUGGGCGAUACUAUCUAUAACUUUGGUGAACUGCUGAUGCAUCCAAUACUCGACGCACUCGACAACACGCAGUAUGAUUGGAUCAAGAAGCUGCUCUUCACGUUCAACGAAGGAAACAUUGGCAAAUUCGAAGCCUUGGCACCACUAUUCCCACAGGAGCCGAUUCUAGAACAAAACUAUCCAUUCCUGCGGCAGAAGAUAUGUCUGAUGGCCCUCAUCGAGUCCGUCUUCAAGCGGAACGCCAAUGACCGGAUGCUGUCGUUCCAAUCCAUUGCAGAGGAGACACGACUGCCACUGGACGAGGUGGAGCACCUUAUCAUGAAAGCGCUGAGCCUCAAGUUGAUACGGGGUUCCAUGGACCAGGUAGAUCAAAAAGCACACAUAACAUGGGUGCAGCCGCGUGUGCUGUCACGGGGGCAAAUCGGCGAGCUGACCACACGACUGGGGGCGUGGAUAGAGAAGCUGGGGGAUGUCGAGAAGCGGAUAGCGCCCGAGGUGUCGGUGUCGGCAUGAUGGCAUGACGUGCAGAUGACUGAGUAUGGAUGAUGGAGGUGAUCGAUGUCGAUACGCAUGGGUGUGGUCG